AGAGGGCACAGUGUUCCCGAAAUCCAUAGAGACACCUAAUGUCAGGGCAGACCCCUUCAAGGAACUAAGGUUGGAGUCCCCGACCCGGUCUCUCGUGAUGGAGGCCCCAAAAGGAGUAGAAAUAAAUGCAGAAGCUGGCAACAUGGAAGCCACCUGCAGAACAGAGCUGAGACUGGAGUCCAAAGAUGGAGAGAUUAAGUUAGAUGCUGCGAAAAUCAAACUACCUAGACUGCCUCAUGGAUCCUACACGCCCACAGGAAUGAGGCAGAAAGUCUUCGAGAUCUGCGUCUGCGCCAAUGGGAGACUAUUCCUGUCCCAGGCAGGAACUGGUUCCACUUGUCAGAUAAACACAAGUGUCUGCCUUUGAGAGACUAUCCAGAGUGGACAUUGUCGGCAGCAUACAGGCCAUUUUUGGCUUUACACACCAGCUGCCAGCUAUUUUUACUAGAACACAGAAAGCCUAUCAAAGACCUUUUGUGUGUGUGUGUGCGCGUGCGUGCACGUGUGAGUGUGUUUG